CUGUAGUUCUUUGAGGAGCCAUAUGAGGAGAUGACCGUAGUUCUGUCUGCAGGUCCCAGUCGCCUACGCGCUUCUUCGAAAGUGUGCGCGCAUGACGUCACGACAGCAGCACGCCAACCAGUUGUUUUGAGAGAAGAAAGGGGUGUCAGUUGAAGAAGAUCCACUUUCAGUUUAUAUUUCUAACGAUUUUCUGGUCGAUAUUUAGUUCAUUUUGGCUUCAACCAUGUCCACCCCGGCUAGAAGACGGCUUAUGCGGGAUUUUAAGAGACUUCAAGAAGACCCUCCUACGGGAGUAAGCGGGGCGCCUUCAGAGAACAACAUCAUGCUAUGGAACGCGGUUAUUUUCGGGCCUGUGGCGACACCAUUUGAAGACGGAACGUUUAAACUGGUGAUAGAGUUCUCAGAAGAGUACCCUAACAAGCCCCCGACGGUGCGGUUUGUCUCCAGAAUGUUCCACCCAAAUGUUUACGCAGAUGGAAGUAUAUGUCUAGACAUCCUGCAGAAUCGCUGGAGCCCCACCUAUGAUGUGUCAUCUAUACUCACCUCUAUUCAGUCAUUGCUGGAUGAACCCAACCCAAACAGCCCAGCCAACAGCCAGGCCGCCCAGCUGUACCAGGAGAACAAGAGGGAGUAUGAGAAGAGGGUGUCUGCCAUCGUGGAGCAGAGCUGGGUGGACAUUUAAAACACCAGAGGCUUGCAGAUAUCCCCCUUUCCUCUCGCUUCUUCUCUUUCACUCUGCAUCGAUGCUUCAGCUACUCCUGUGCUCCCAUGUUUCAUUUUGCCUCAUUGGAAUAAAGAAAAUGGCAAAUUAAAAUGACUCUAAGGCCUGUGGUAAAAAACAAGCCGGGAUCCAGAAAUCUACCAAAACUCAUUGGGACACUUUGCUCAGCUACACUUUUAAGGAACAAUGUGUGUGUGUGUGUGUGUGUUUGGGAAAGGGGGGAAUUUAUUUUAUAUUUUUAUUGCAUGAUGUGAAAUAAGUUAUUGCUAACAGAAUUUGUAAUAUAUCUCGUUGGGUUGGUUUGAUACUGUUAGGCUUUAGAUGUUUCUUAAUUUUUGAGCAUUUAUUUUUAAUUUUAGAAUGCAAAAUAAUCAAACGUGACUGUACUUUCUAGGAGGUUGGUUGUCCGAUGAACUGAGGGACUGGUCCACUCUUAACGUAUAGUUAUAAAGACAGUGUUCUUAGUCUCAAAUAAAUACAAUAACUAUAUUUUACUUAAAAUUGGCAUUACACCUGUUAAUGACUCGAUGCAUCUUCGCUCAUUUAUCAAGUUUGUUAAACACCAUUUCAUUUAGCUUUCUUCAUCUCCGGAUAAGCUUUUUGAAAUUGAAGUUGGUCAGGCCGCGAUCCUAUUUGAAUAUCAAAUUGUUCCCCCUUUGGAUUAAUAAGUGGUGAAAUGUAGGAGCAAGAUCUAGAUUUGCAGACAAUUACAGAAAAGCUUGACCUUUUCUAAAAGCUGGAUAGUGUGGCUAGUGAUAUUUCAUCUGAAAAGAUAAAUGGAUAUGCUAUAAAAGGUGGAGGAUUUCCUUAUGGAAACUUUAAAUGUAUACUUAUGACAAUAUGCUGUAUAAACAUAAUAAAAUCUCAUUUUUCAGACUUUGAGUUGAAUGGCUUGCUUCAAACCGACGGCUUGAUUUGUUGCCUGUUCGGUGUAUCCCAAAAGUUAAUUACAUAAGAGUGAUCUUUAGGAAAACUAGAAAUUGUUUCUGGCAUCUGAUCAAUUCAAAUCACAUGUUGUCUUUUGGUUGUUCGCUACCCAAUAUAAAAGACUGACAGCUGUUCCAGUGGUUAAAUUUGAUUAUUGGUUACAUUCUUGACCAGAAAAGCUUGAUACAAAUGUAUUUUAAACAAAAGUUCUUGCUGUCAAGAAACUAAGGUUUUCUGCAUUGGUAUCAAAAUAAUUGAGAAAAAUCAUGGAAAUCAUUUAUUUACUAGCCGACAGGGAUCAACAUCAAUGCUAGAAGGCAAUACCAAAGGACAGUAACGUAGAGAAAACAAUGCUAUACAAAGCAUGGUAAUCACCUUCUGAACAAUAUUUCAUGAAUAAAAACGUUUUAAAAUACAUGUUUGUAGAGCCGACAACAAUUUAAAACAAUGUCAAAUCUGAGGAGGAACCACACAUAUUAGGUUAUCUUGGGGAUAACUGAUUAAAACCGUAAUCAUUGUCCAAUUACUCUUCAUUCUUGUCAUCGAUACCAGACGACUCUUCAUCCAUUCCGGUCAUCGACCCUGCAGCAUUAAACGGAAAUGCUAGUCAUUACAUUUAUGUUCAAAACAUGUUGUGCAUUGUGGGGAAUAUGGAUGUCUUCACACGUACCACUUUCUUCAUAAUUUCUUCUCUUGUUUUGAAUACCGGGGCAUCCUCCACUACGAUGCCGUCAGCCAUCUCUUUUACUUUGUCCAGAAGUUCGGUGUUAUAUCUACA